AUGCGCCGCGGCGAGCCCGGUCGCGCCGCGCUUCCGGCCUUGUCCCUCGUCCUUUGCUCCUCCCUGUCUUCCCUUCCACGACGUCUUCCUUGCGGACGCCGCUCCCCGUUGCCCCCUUCUGCCCGUCGUCUCGCCUGUAUACUGUCCGCCGGUGUGCAAUGGCAUCGUCCGGUACUGGACACCAGGUAUCUGGGGGUGACCCCUCCUAUUUCAACAAACGAGUCCUCUCAACGAGAGAAAGAAGUCACAAACACCCUCAUGGAAGAGCUGCAUCGUCAGGGUAUAUUCGAGAGUGAAGACGAGUCCAAACGGAGAGAGAUUGUCCUUGGACGUCUUGCCGCGCUGGUGAAGAAGUUCGUACAGCGUGUGUCAAUGGCCCAUGGUCUCUCAGAGGCUGCCGCGACCGCAGCCGGUGGCAAAAUCUACACGUUUGGCUCGUAUAGGUUGGGUGUUCACGGACCAGGCACGGAUAUAGAUACCCUGUGUGUUGUACCGCGACAGGUUACUCGUGAGGACUUCUUCGACGUGCUGGAGGGGAUGCUGCGCGAGAUGGAGGGCGUUACGGAUGUCUCGACUGUCCCAGACGCAUACGUUCCCAUCAUCACGUUCGUAAUAAACGGCAUCCCUAUCGACCUCCUAUUCGCCCAACUAGCCCUCAACUCCAUCCCGGAGGACCUUGAUCUUCAAGACGAUAACUUACUCAAGAAUCUAGACGAGCGUUGCGUGCGGAGCUUGAACGGCUCUCGGGUCAUCAACGAGAUUCUUCGACUAGUUCCCAACGUAGCUGUCUUCCGCGAUGCCUUGCGUUGCAUCAAGCUGUGGGCGCAAAGACGAGCUAUCUACUCCAACGUCAACGGUUUCUUGGGCGGUGUAGCUUGGGCGAUGCUUGUAGCCCGUAUCUGUCAGCUAUAUCCCAAUGCCGUGGCUGGUGCAGUAGUCAGUCGCUUUUUCAUCAUUAUGCAUCGGUGGUCCUGGCCCCAGCCUGUGCUUCUCAAGGCCAUUGAGGACGGCCCACUUCAAGUGCGUGUGUGGAACCCAAGGCUCUACCCCCAGGAUAGGAAUCACCGUAUGCCAAUCAUCACCCCCGCAUACCCAUCAAUGUGUGCCACGCACAAUGUCAUGCGAUCAACUCAAACGAUCAUGACGGAGGAAUUCAAGCGAGGAUCUGAGAUUGUCGACCAAGUCAUCAACGGCGAGGCUGAGUGGUCAGCACUGUUUGCGAAACACGACUUCUUCUUCAGAUAUCGGUUCUAUCUCCAAGUAGUGGCAUCUUCGGCGGAUAUCGACAUUCAGAAUAAAUGGUCUGGUACGGUCGAAUCUAAGAUCCGGCAACUGGUGAUGAGGUUGGAGUUCGUGGAUGCCUUGAAGUUGGCACAUCCGUUCAUAAAAGGCUUCGAGAGUGUCUACUAUUGUCUGUCUGAAGAAGAGGCUCAGGCUAUCACUCGGGGUGAGAUCCCUGAGGCCGUGUCCAAGCGUACGAAAGAGGACAUAGAAGGCAAAGACAGCGCUAAGGUCAUGUAUACGACGUCCUUUUUCGUUGGACUCAUGCUGAAGCCAAAAGACGGCAACGCUUCUGGACCCCGUCAGUUGAACAUUACUUUCCCUGCCAGCGAAUUCAACAAGAUGGUGAAGUCAUGGGAGAAGUACGACGACUCAUCGAUGCAUUUGUUCGUCCGACAUAUCAAGCACGCUGCUCUUCCCGACUUCGUAUUCGACAAGGGUGAGCGAGAAGCCGUAGCGAAGCCCAAGAAACGCACGCGGUCAUUGAAGGCGAGUGGCAAAAACGACUCCCCUGCCCCGUCAGCAAAGAGAUUGAGGACAGAAUCUCAGGUUCCGUCUCGGCCAGGCUCAGCAUCAACGCUGGUCAUACGCAGCGAGACGUCAUCUCAGGAAACGAAAGUGAAUGGUUCGUCGGCAUCUAUGGCGGACCUCCCGCACACUGCUCAAACGUCAGAGGCCAUGGACUCGAUGGUAAUUGCAGCAAGUGCAUGA